CGACCCGUGUUUGUUUUGUCCACAGAGGCAGAGAGAAGCGUGACCGUGAAGGGGGGAGAUCCGCGCACUGCUCCCUGCCUGCCACUGCUCCUUCCACGGGGAGGAGGGACGGACCGAGUGCGCACCGACUUCUGCCGCACAACUUGAAAUUUACUUGCGGAGAGAGAGAGAGAGAGACACAGAGAAAAGAAGUGAGACCUCUCCUCCUUUCUGGGUUUGUCGUGUGUUUUUUCCCCUUCUCGCUCGAGCCGCCACACGGAGCUCUCGAGCCGGGCUGACGUGAACGCGUUAGCCGAGGGAGCUGCCACGAAUAGAUCCGGUAUCCACGACCCCGGUCGGCGGAGCAGGGUAAGGACCUCGUGUUCCUCCGGCGGUGGACUCGUAUCUUUCAACCCCCUUUCCACCUCUCUCCCGGGGGCUGGUUUUCCUUCCAAGUCCGCUCACCCUUUGUGGUUUCUCUUCUUUUUUUUUUAACGUGAAGUGGAUUUCUACAAACUGAAGCCGGGACUACACGCAGCGGGUCAGGGGGAAGGAGAGAAAUGCCAACGGCGGUGACACGGAGGAGAUUGAGUGUUAGUCUUUGAUCCUGUCGGAGUGGGACGCAUCGAGCAAGGGACUGAGGAGGGAGCGGUGCCAACUUGGAACAUGGUGCCUAAUAUUCACCUGGCAGUGCCCCUCCUGCCCAGAGGGGCGUUGCUGUUCCUGCUACUCUUCAGCUGCAUGGUGUUCUCCUCUGUGGCAGAGAGCAUGCCAAGUUUCGUGAAAUCCCCAGAGGACCAGACGGGUAUCUCGGGCGGAGUUGCAUCGUUUGUGUGCCAGGCCACUGGGGACCCUAAACCCAGAAUCACCUGGAUGAAGAAAGGCAAGAAAGUCAGCUCCCAGCGCUUUGAGGUGAUUGAGUUUGAUGACGGUUCGGGCUCCGUACUGCGGAUCCAGCCACUGCGCACACACCGAGAUGAAGCCAUUUACGAGUGCACAGCCACCAACAGCGCUGGCGAGAUCAACACCAGUGCUAAGCUUACAGUGCUUGAAGAGAACCAGGUCCCCCAUGGCUUCCCCACCAUCGACAUGGGUCCCCAGCUGAAGGUGGUUGAAAAGACCCGAACUGCCACCAUGCUGUGCGCUGCCGGUGGAAACCCAGACCCAGAGAUCACCUGGUUCAAGGACAUGCUUCCUGUGGACAUCAGCAGCAGCAACGGGCGAAUCAAACAGCUCCGCUCAGGUACACUAGGUGGUACACCAAUUAGAGGAGCUCUGCAAAUUGAGAACAGCGAGGAAUCAGGGAAAUAUUGCAGUUUAGCAUUGAACAUUAGAUUCACCUUACAUAUCCAACGUAUUCACUCCUUUGUCCUGUUCGUUUCUGUAGUGCGAAGAGUCCCACCAAGAUUCUCCAUUCCGCCCACCAACCAAGAGGUGAUGCCAGGCGGCAGCAUCAAUCUGACGUGCGUGGCGGUGGGCUCUCCGAUGCCCUACGUCAAGUGGACGACGGGCCAGGUGGAGCUGACCAAGGAGGAAGAGAUGCCGCUGGGACGCAAUGUGCUGGAGGUCACAAACAUCCGCGUGUCGGCCAACUACACGUGCGUGGCCAUGUCUUCUCUGGGCAUCAUCGAAGCCACCGCUCAGGUCACUGUCAAAGCUCUGCCAAAGCCCCCAGCCUCCCUCAUUGUGACAGAGACCACAGCCACCAGUGUGACACUCACCUGGGACUCCGGGAACCCAGAACCAGUGUCCUACUACAUGAUCCAAUACAGAGCCAAGUCCUCAGACAAUGGCUUCCAGGAAGUGGAAGGUGUGGCGACCACCCGUUACAGCAUCGGCGGACUUAGCCCCUACUCCGAGUACGAGUUCCGCGUCAUGGCUGUCAACAACAUUGGCCGCGGGCCGCCCAGCGACCCCGUGGAGACACGCACCGGUGAACAGGCCCCCUCCUCACCUCCGCUGCACGUCCAGGCGCGCAUGCUAAGUGCCAGCACAAUGCUGGUCCAGUGGGAACCGCCCGAGGAACCCAAUGGGCAAAUCAGGGGCUAUCGAGUGUACUACAGCUCGGACCUGACGGCUCCGCUCAGCGCCUGGCAGAAACACAACACAGAUGACAGCAGUCUGACCACCAUCUCAGGCCUGACUCCUGAUAUCACGUACAGCCUGCGGGUGCUGGGCUUCACCUCCGUUGGUGACGGACCACCCUCUGACGUCCUGCAAGUGAAAACGCAGCAGGGAGUCCCUGCGCAGCCGUCCAGCUUUGAGGCCGAAGCCGAGCUGGACAACCGCAUCAUGCUAACAUGGCUGUGGCCUGUGCAGGGCCCCAUCACAAAGUAUGAGCUGCAGUACUGGGAGGCUGGCUCAGACAACAAGAUACACGUGACCUUCAACCCGGCGGGCUCUCAUGCCGUGGAUGCUCUAAAGCCUGAUACCUUGUACCACUUCUCGCUGGCCGCCCGUUCUGAGAUGGGUUUAGGCGUUUACACACAGCCCAUCGAGGCCCGCACCGCCCAGUCCACCCCGUCCGCUCCCCCUCAAGAGGUACACCUGGUCAGCCUGAGCUCCACCAGUCUCAAGGUGAGUUGGGUGGCGCCGCCUGCCGCUAGCCGCCACGGCGCCAUUGUGCGCUACACAGUCAGCUACCAGGCCCUGGCUGGAGAGGACACAGAGCGGCACGAGGUGACUGGCAUCGGUGCAGACGCCACCAGCUAUUUGAUGUUGGGGCUGGAGAAGUGGACUGAGUAUCAGGUGUGGGUGAGGGCACACACUGAUGUGGGCCCGGGCCCUGAAAGUGCCCCAGUGAAGAUGAAAACCAAAGAGGAUGUGCCAGGAGCACCCCCCAGGAAGCUGGAGGUUGAGGCCAUAAACUCCACAGCCAUCCGGGUCACCUGGAAGCCGCCGCUGCAGGGCAAGCAACACGGCCAAAUCCGAGGAUACCAGGUCAUCUUCUCCCGGCUUGAAAACGGCGAACCUCGAGGCCAGCCUAAUAUCAUGGACGUUGCUCUGCCAGAGGCACAGUGGAAUAUUGAGGAGUCCACCGAGCAUGAGGCCAUCAUUGCCGGGCUGCAUUCUGAGACCACGUACUCUGUCACUGUAGCAGCGUACACCACCAAGGGGGAUGGAGCCCGUAGCAAAGCUAAAGUCAUCACCACGACGGGGGCAGUGCCAGGCAGGCCGACUAUGAUGAUCAGCACCACCAUGGAAAACACAGCGCUGAUCCAGUGGCAGCCACCUAAGGACAUGGUGGGUGAGCUGAUGGGCUACCAGCUGCAGUACAAGCGCACCGAUGAGGAAACCUUUACCUCACGCGAACUGAGGAAGAUCGAUGACCACUACACUGUCACCGGACUGCACAAAGGCGCGACCUAUAUCUUCCGCCUCAGUGCUCGCAAUCGCGCAGGCAUUGGCGAGGCCUACGUGAAGGAGAUCAGUACCACCGAAGACGUGCCCGCAGGCUUCCCCUUCAACCUACAAGUAACAGGACUGACUCAGUCCAGCACCCAGCUGACCUGGGAGCCGCCGCUGGUGGCAGAGAGGAACGGCAAAAUCGUCCACUACGUGGUGGUGUACAGGGACAUUAACAGUCAGCAGAACACCACCAACCGCACGUCCGACACUCACAUGACCAUCCUGGGCCUUAAUCCUGACACCACCUACGACAUCCGGGUGCAGGCGUAUACCAGCAAGGGCGCUGGACCCCUCAGCCCGAGCAUUCAAAGCAGGACCAUGUCAAACGACUUUCCAACACUAAACUUUGGCGUCAAAGCUGUGAUGAAAACAUCCGUCCUUCUCAGCUGGGAUCUGCCAGCGAACUACAAACCCCAAGUGCCUUUUAAGAUCUUAUAUAACCAGCAAAGUGUGGAAGUGCAGGGAAACCUGAAGAGGAAGCUGAUUUCGCAGCUGCAGCCGGACACAGACUACUCCUUUGUGCUGACAAGCAGGGGCAACAUUGCUGGUGGUCUGCAGCAGCAGGUGUCCAUACGCACUGCUCCUGACCUGAUCAAGACCAAGCCCAGCACACAUCAGGCUGAGGGCGGCAAGAUGACCAUCGAGCUGCCCAAAGUCCAGACCACCACACGCGUCAGGUGGUACUACAUUGUGGUGGUGCCAGUAUCCCAGUCACAGCGGCAGUGGAAGAAUCCAGACGAGAUGGACCUGGAUGAGCUGCUCAAGUCAAGCGAAGGUCCUGUCCUGAGGCGUCGGCGUCACCUGGAUUCCUCCAAACCUUACAUUGCCGCUAAACUGGAAUCGCUGCCCGCCAGCUUCACCCUGGGGGAUGAGAAGAGGUACAGCGGUUUCUACAACAAGCCUCUGACCAGUCCACAGGAGUACCUCUGCUUCGUCCUGGCCAUGCUCCGAUCCGACGGGACGGACAACGCUGCAAAUUAUAUGACGUUUUCAGCCAGUCCCUACUCAGACCCGAUCCAAGUCGCAGCCAGUAUGAGUGAGCAGCCGGAAAUGUUGUGGGUCAUGGGCCCAGUAUUGGCCGUGGUCCUCAUCGUCAUCAUCGUCAUCGCCAUCCUGCUCUUUAAGAACAGCAAACAGGAAAGGAAACGGGCAUCUCCUCUACCCAAGGAUGACCACUCAGGUGGGGUGAAAGACUCCCUGCUGGCCAAUUCCUCCGACCCUGUGGAGAUGAGAAGACUCAACUACCAGACCCCAGGAAUGAGGGAGCACCCGCCCAUUACUGUCGUUGACCUGUCUGACCACAUAGAGCGACUCAAGGCGAACGACGGCCUCCGUUUUUCCCAGGAGUAUGAGUCCAUUGAUCCCGGCCAGCAGUUUACCUGGGAGAACUCCAACAUGGAAGUCAACAAGCCAAAGAAUCGCUAUGCAAACGUCAUCGCCUAUGACCACUCCAGAGUGGUGCUCACCUCUGUUGACGCUGUUCCAGGCAGUGACUACAUCAAUUCCAACUACAUCGACGGCUACAGGAAGCAGAAUGCCUACAUCGCCACACAGGGGCCUCUGCCAGAGACACUCAGCGACUUCUGGAGGAUGGUGUGGGAGCAAAGAUCCAACACCAUUGUCAUGAUGACGAGACUAGAGGAGAAGUCACGGGUGAAGUGUGACCAGUAUUGGCCAUCACGAGGAACCGAGACCUACGGGAUGAUCCAGGUCACCAUGCUGGACACUGUGGAGCUGGCUACUUACAGCGUUCGUACAUUCGCCCUCUACAAGAACGGCUCCAGUGAGAAGAGAGAGGUGAGACAGUUCCAGUUCAUGGCCUGGCCAGACCACGGAGUACCAGAGUACCCGACACCCAUCCUGUCCUUCCUGCGGCGGGUUAAGUCCUGCAAUCCUCCAGACGCAGGGCCCAUGGUGGUCCACUGCAGUGCUGGCGUGGGCAGGACAGGCUGCUUCAUCGUGAUCGAUGCCAUGCUGGAGCGCAUGAAGCACGAGAAGUCCGUGGACAUCUACGGCCACGUGACGUGCAUGCGCGCCCAGAGGAACUACAUGGUCCAGACCGAGGACCAGUACAUCUUCAUCCACGAGGCCCUGCUGGAGGCGGCGACCUGCGGCAACACCGAGGUGCUGGCCCGCAACCUGUAUGCACACAUCCAGAAACUCACCCAGCCCCCGCCCGGCGAGACGGUCACUGCCAUGGAGCUGGAGUUCAAGAGACUGGCCAACUCCAAAGCCCACACGUCACGCUUCAUCAGCGCCAACUUACCCUGCAACAAGUUCAAGAACCGCCUGGUCAACAUUAUGCCUUUUGAGUCCACCCGCGUCUGCCUGCAGCCCAUCCGGGGCGUCGAGGGCUCCGACUACAUCAACGCCAGCUGCAUCGAUGGCUACAGACAGCAGAAGGCCUACCUGGCCACCCAGGGCCCACUGGCCGAGACCACCGAGGACUUCUGGAGGAUGCUGUGGGAGCACAACUCCACCAUCGUCGUCAUGCUCACCAAGCUACGAGAGAUGGGGCGGGAGAAGUGUCAUCAGUACUGGCCGGCAGAGCGUUCAGCCAGGUACCAGUACUUUGUGGUGGAUCCAAUGGCUGAGUACAACAUGCCCCAGUACAUCCUCCGAGAGUUUAAAGUCACAGAUGCCAGGGACGGCCAGUCCAGAACAAUCCGCCAGUUCCAGUUCACUGACUGGCCCGAGCAAGGAGUGCCAAAAACUGGAGAGGGCUUCAUUGAUUUCAUCGGACAAGUUCACAAAACCAAGGAGCAGUUUGGACAAGACGGACCAAUCACUGUACACUGCAGUGCCGGGGUGGGCAGGACCGGAGUCUUCAUCACCCUCAGUAUCGUGCUGGAGAGGAUGAGGUACGAGGGCGUGGUCGACCUCUUCCAGACGGUGAAGACACUUCGCACCCAGCGGCCUGCCAUGGUGCAGACGGAGGACCAGUACCAGUUGUGCUACAGGGCAGCGUUGGAGUACCUGGGGAGCUUUGACCACUAUGCAACGUAACCACUCCCUCCGAGCAGCCUCCCUGGUCAAACCUCUCAGGAGUGUGCCAAGUGUCCCAUCUCAGCCACCAUCCACUCACUUGACCCCUGCCCCCCUCUCCAACCAACCCCAACCCCGGAAGAAAA